CUGACCUACGAACUGCGCGUUUUUUCAGUUCAUCCAAGAAUUAGGAUCUUCAAACGUUUCUUCAUUCCUCGUUCUUAAAGUCUUCGAAGUUUCUUUGUUUUAAGUCUUCAAUAUUUGUUUUAUGAAUACAUAAAGUGAUAGUUCAAAAUUUAAUAUAUAAUCAGACAUUAGCUUAUUGAUUUCUGUAGUAGUUUUUUAGGUGUGAGCGUUUGGUUAGGCGAAAAUGGAACUUUUACCCGUUUGGGUGGAGGGUUUAAGCCCUGAAUUGGUGAAAAGAGCUCGGGAUGAUUUAGGAGAAACACCCGAAAUACAAGCGGAAGCCUUGUUGGAAUUAAGAAAGAUGAUAAAUGAUGACCCUGAUUUCAUUUGCCCAGAAAAUGACACCUUUCUAAUUCGAUUUCUAAGAGUGAAGAAAUAUAACGCUAAAAAAACCUUCAAGACUCUUCGAAAUUACUAUGAAUUUAAAAGAAAAGAUCCUGGACUAAUGACCGAUAAAGUGAAGAAGAUAAUCGAUUUAGGCCAUAUGCUAGUUUCUCCUUUAAGGGCACUUGAUGGCGGGUUGGUUGCAAACUUUCAAGUGGGUACUUUGGAUUUCGGAAAAUUUUCACUUGAAGAGUACUUUAGUGCAGCAAUUCUCUGUUGUGAACAAUAUGCAGAAAUUGAGGCAAAUCAAGUGUGUGGAAAUCAUAUAAUUGUGGAUUACAAGGGCGUUUCUCUUAAGAAGAUUAUAAACAUGGCGUCACCUUCAUUUUUAACUCAAAUUGUCCAGGGGCUCGAAGAUUGUUGGCCUCAUCGUAUAAAUAGUUUUACUAUUGUCAAUGAACCAUUUUACUUCAACCUACUUUUCAAUGUUAUAUGGCCAAUGUUUUCUAAAAAAAUGAAGGAAAGAAUUUCCUUAGUUGGAAGUAAUCUAUCGAUCUUGCAUAAGAAAUUUCCAAAAGAAUGUCUGCCUGAGAAAUUGGGAGGAUUUCUUGGACAGGAAGCACACAUUGAAUUUCGAGAUAAAACUAUUGCGAAUCAGUUGGAAAUUGAAAGACUCAAGAAAUACAGCUUUCAUCGUACUCAGAAACCAGUCAAAAAACUUUCCAGUUGCGGCUUAGAAGAAAAUACAAACUUCACACAAAACAAUUCAACUACUGUUUCUAAUGUAGUCAUCUAAGGCAAAAUUACUCAAGAAAUAUUUUAUCUGGUUUUAAGUAUUUUGGACGAAAUGAAAGGCAAUUUGAAAUCAUGAAAAAGGUUAUUUUUCGCAUAAGUGAUAAAAAUUUUCAUAAUUUAUCUGCAUCUAAAACUAUUUUUUAAUAAUUCGUUUCAAUUGAUUUGUUUAUAAAGCAUUCACUCUUUUGUUUAAAAACGCAUAAAAAGCUGUUCAAUAAGAAGAACGUGAAAUUUUAAAUAGCUUAAAAUAGGAGAGCUGAUAUUAAAAUUAAAAAUCUAGAGAACAAAAGGUGAAUAAGGAAUGAAACAAACGGUAAUUUAAUUGUAACAGUUGUAAUUUUAAAAAAAAAUUUCUUACAAAACGUUUGGAAUUUAGCUACGAAAUUUACUGUAUUAAACUCAAUUAUGUAAUGCCGUAGUAAUAAAAAUGUCGCUGGACUGUAAUAACAAUUUGUAUUACUUUUUUUAGUAGAAUAUGAUUUCGUGAUCAAUCUUUUAGCACGUACAUCUUUAUCCAUUUUAUUUUGGAUGUAUAUAUAUAUAUUAUUUCCAUUAAACAUCAUUCAUUACUUUUAUGUCGUUAAUACGUAAUAGAUAAUUUUUCGUAUAAGGAAUGAAACAAACGGUAAAUUUAUUGUGAAAGCUGUAAAUUAUUUUUUACAAAAUGUUUGGAAUUUAGUUACGAAAAUUGCUUUACAAAGUUCAAUAGCGUAAUGCUAUAAUAAUACAAAUGUCGUAAGACUGUAUAAUCACAUUUUUCUUUCUUUUUUCAGUAAAGGAAUAUGGUUUCGUGAUCAUUCCUUUAACUCAUAUUUCUUUAUCUAUUUUAUUUUGGAAAUAUAUAUAUGUACUUAAUUUUUCAUUAAACAUUAUUCAUUGCUUUUACAUUAUUGAUUCGUUAUAGAUAAUUUUUCAUGUAAUUAUAUAAUGACAAAUUUAAAAUAUUUUGCAGAAAAUGUAAGAUACUUUGAGUUUAGUCUUAUUUACUAUACAUUAUUUUUGUAACUAUAUAAAAUAAAAUUGAUUAUAAAAGUUUGAUUUUA